UCAAAAGUAUAAAUGUUAAAUUAAUAGUACAACUAGAAUACAGAAAACCAAACCAUGAAUCGGAUCUUUGGAAGUAGCAAACCUAAAGCUCCACCACCAAAUCUGACUGAUUGUAUAAGUAAUGUUGAUAGUCGUGGAGAAUCAGUAGAGAAAAAAAUACAAAUGCUAGAUAGAGAUCUUUUAAAAUACAAAGAACAGAUGAAGAAAAUGAGGGAAGGUCCUUCAAAGAAUAUGGUAAAGCAAAAAGCUAUGAGAGUUUUAAAGCAGAAGAAAAUGUAUGAAAAUCAACUCGAAAAUCUUCGCAACCAAUCAUUUAAUAUGGAGCAAGCUAACUUUGCUACACAAACUCUAAAAGAUACUAAAACAACUGUUGAUGCAAUGAAACUUGGUGUUCAACAAAUGAAAAAAGAAUAUAAAAAAAUUAACAUUGAUCAAAUUGAGGAUCUCCAAGAUGAUAUGGAAGACAUGUUAGAACAAGCAAAUGAGGUUCAAGAAGCUCUUGGUCGUCAGUAUGGCAUGCCAGAAAUCGAUGAUGCAGACCUUGAUGCAGAAUUAGAUGCUCUUGGUGACGAAAUGUUCAUGGACGAUGCAGCAUACUUGGACGAUGCUUCCAAAGCUCCAUCUGUACCAGGUUCAUUACCUGGUGAACCAUCUUCCACAAAAUCUCGUACGAAGGAUGGCAUAAAAGUUGACGAAUUUGGUUUACCAGAGCUUCCUUCCUAAAGUUCUAACAGGAACGUAAUGUAAAAUAUUAAAUACACUUUCAUAAAAUUACAUUCAUUUUUGUAGCGAGUUAGCGUUUUGUUUUAUAUUAUAAGUAAUUUUUCUUUUUACUUUA